AUAAUCCACUAAAACACUAUUCAUGAGAAACAGACCUCAUCUCCCCCCACUAUGAACUAAGACUCCCUUAAACCCUACUUAAACAUCUAGAACAUACAAUCCAACCGUGUUUAUAUAUAUUAGCAUUCCAAUCCAUUUCCUCUUCAACCUCUUGGGAAAUCCCUCAGCAUUUGCCUUGCAGGCAGAGAGAGAGAGAGAGAGAGAGAUGGUGAGUGGAGAGAUCAUGCAAGGAGGUUUAUCCAAGAAAGCCAAUCCUGGCAAAGCUACAGUUCUGGCUCUUGGCAAGGCCUUCCCUCACCAGCUUGUCAUGCAGGAGUUCUUAGUUGAUGGGUACUUCAGGAACACCAACUGCGAUGACCCAGAGCUCAAGCAGAAGCUCUCUAGACUCUGCAAGACGACAACAGUAAAAACAAGAUAUGUGGUCAUGUCAGAGGAGAUACUAAAGAAGUACCCAGAGCUUGCCAUUGAAGGCCUCCCCACUGUCAAGCAAAGAUUAGAUAUCUGCAACAAAGCUGUCACCCAGAUGGCCAUUGAAGCCUCACAAGCCUGCAUCAAGAGCUGGGGAAGGCCUCUAUCAGACAUAACCCACUUGGUCUAUGUCUCUUCCAGCGAAGCCCGACUCCCUGGGGGUGACCUUUACCUUGCAAGAGGACUUGGGCUCAGUCCCGAAACACACCGGGUCAUGCUCUACUUCAUGGGCUGCUCUGGAGGUGUGGCUGGCCUCCGUGUUGCAAAAGACAUCGCUGAGAACAAUCCAGGGAGCAGAGUGUUGCUUGCCACUUCAGAAACUACCAUCAUGGGAUUCAAACCUCCGAGUGUUGAUAGGCCAUAUGAUCUGGUUGGGGCUGCCCUAUUUGGGGAUGGAGCUGGAGCCAUGGUAAUUGGCUCAGAGCCAGUUGGAGGAGCUGAGAGGGCUCUUUUUGAGCUUCAUACAGCGAUCCAGCACUUUUUGCCAGAGACUGAGAAGGCUAUCGAUGGGCGGCUUACCGAAGAGGGGAUCAGCUUCAAACUAUCCAGAGAGCUCCCACAAAUAAUUGAAGAUCACAUUGAGGGGUUCUGCCACAAGCUGAUGGGAAUUGCUGGUCUUUGUGAGGAGUACAACAAGAUGUUUUGGGCAGUCCAUCCUGGAGGGCCUGCAAUCUUGAACCGGUUGGAAAAGAGGCUCGACUUGUUGCCUGAGAAGUUGAAUGCAAGUAGGAGAGCUCUAGCAGAUUAUGGAAAUGCUAGCAGUAACACUAUUGUGUAUGUGUUGGAGUACAUGCUAGAAGAGAGCUUGAAGGUGAAAAGGGCAGGCCAGGGAGAUGGUGAGUGGGGCUUGAUACUGGCUUUUGGUCCUGGAAUUACUUUCGAGGGGAUUCUUGCUAGGAAUCUCACUAUCCAAGAGUAAUACAUGUCUGACAUUUAAA